AUUCUCCUAAUGCAUAUAUCGUCAGUCGAACGGUUACCGAUAACAACAACAGGUUCCCCAUUGCUGGUUCGCACCAAAACAUUUCACUCGGUGUUCUUCGUGAUACCGCGCGAGAGAGACUGCCAUGAGAUGCACCAGACGCUUUUAAGACUGAGUCAACCGGUUCAUUUAGACGAAUUGUACUGCUUCCACUAUAAGUGUACUCCGGAUGAUCUGCCGAAGUCUGCAGGUUGGAACUUCUUUGAUAUCCAGACCGAAUACCAAAGGAUGAACGUACCAAACGAACAGUGGGUCCUCUGUACUGCUAACAAGGAGUAUGAACUCUGUGAUACAUAUCCAAGUGAAAUCUACGUGCCAGCUCGAGCAUCUACGACUGUACUCUUAGGCAGUGCCAGAUUUAGAUCCCGCGGUCGGUUACCAGUGUUAGCAUACUUACAUCACAAUAAAGCGGCCAUUGCGAGAUGCAGCCAACCCUUAAGUGGAUUCUCUGCUAGAUGUAUGGAAGAUGAACAGAUGUUGGAUCUGAUCCGGCGAGCAAAUCCCAACUGUGGUUAUAUGUAUGUAGUGGACACAAGACCGAGGAUAAAUGCAAUGGUCAAUCGUGCAGCCGGUAAAGGAUAUGAAAACGAAGCGUUCUACGAAAAUAUUAAGUUUCAAUUCAUGGGCAUCGAAAACAUACAUGUUAUGCGUAAGAGUCUACAAAAAUUAGUUGAAACAUGCGAACAGAACAGCCCAACAAUGUCAUCGUUUCUCAAUGGAUUGGAAUCUUCCGGUUGGCUCAAACAUAUAAAAUCGAUAUUGGACACUUCGUGGUGGAUCGCAAGUGCGAUUGAGAGCGGUGUGAGUGUGUGCGUGCACUGCAGCGACGGGUGGGACCGCACCGCGCAGGUGUGCUCGCUCGCCGCGCUCUGUCUCGAGCCGCACUACAGGACCAUCAACGGUUACCAGGCGCUCAUCGAAAAAGAUUGGCUUUCUUUCGGUCACAAGUUCACAGCCCGGUGUGGCCAUGUUGCUUGUGAUUCGCGAGAGAGAUCUCCUGUUUUUACACAGCUUCUGGACUGCACUUGGCAGUUACUCAGACAGGCUCCUGAGGCAUUCCAGUUCAACGAAAGAUUCCUAUUAACAUUACACGAUCACGCGCACGCCUGUCAGUACGGCACGUUCAUUGGCAAUUGUGAGAAGGAUCGGCGUGAUCUGAGACUGUCUGAACGUACGUUUUCUCUGUGGGGCUACAUGGCGAGUCAUCUGAACGAGUACAAGAACCCUCUCUACAACCCCAAGGCUCACCCUGAUGUUCUAAAACCGGACUUAAACGCUCAGAGCAUAAGGUUCUGGCGCGGCAUGUACUGCCGGCACGAGAGCGGCGUGCACCCGCGCGAGUCGCUGGCGGACCUGCUGCCGGCCGCCGUGGAGCACGCCGGCGCGCUCACGCUGCACAUCGACUACCUCGCCAAGAGAAUAUCGACAUUCAAGAGUCUUCUGUCGGGUCGUAAGGCUGAGAAGAGCAGGGAGACGACGGUGGUCAACUACCAAAACGGAACUCGUGACUCCGUUGAAAUCGAAACCAAAGUGGAAGGUCUACAGAUUGACAAUAAAUUACUCUACGAGUCGGGAGGUAAUUUGUCAGAAAUGGAGUGCGCGAAUCACGAUCAUCCGCUCAAGGAGUUGGGAGGUACAUCGCCGAAGACGAACAAAAUACCUUUGAUAACUGAGAAGGCGGACGCAACAAUACCCUCAAGUCUAGCUCAGCUCGAAGCUGAAAUGAACACUGUCGCUUUGGACUGGAAAAGCGUUAAAAACGUUACCGAGUGCAGUUGCUCCACACCGCUCGAUUACUUUAGUAGGAAGCAUCACUGCUGGGGCUGUGGCCGCUGUGUGUGCACGCGAUGUGUGUGUGCGCGCGCGCCGCUCCCCGCGCUGCACGCGCCGCGCGCCGUGCCGCUGUGCGCCGCCUGCGCGCCAUCCACGCCCACCGACCCGCCGCCCGCGCCCGGUGCGUACACUACAACAUACACACACACACGCGCCGCCUGCGCGCCAUCCACGCCCACCGACCCGCCGCCCGCGCCCGGUGCGUACACUACAACAUACACACACACACGCGCCGCCUGCGCGCCAUCCACGCCCACCGACCCGCCGCCCGCGCCCGGUGCGUACACUACAACAUACACACACACACGCGCCGCCUGCGCGCCAUCCACGCCCACCGACCCGCCGCCCGCGCCCGGUGCGUACACUACAACACACACACACACACGCGCCGCCUGCGCGCCAUCCACGCCCACCGACCCGCCGCCCGCGCCCGGUGCGUACACUACAACAUACACACACACACGCGCCGCCUGCGCGCCAUCCACGCCCACCGACCCGCCGCCCGCGCCCGGUGCGUACACUACAACAUACACACACACACGCGCCGCCUGCGCGCCCGCCACGCCCACCGACCCGCCGCCCGCGCCCGGUGCGUACACUACAACAUACACACACACACGCGCCGCCUGCGCGCCAUCCACGCCCACCGACCCGCCGCCCGCGCCCGGUGCGUACACUACAACAUACACACACACACGCGCCGCCUGCGCGCCAUCCACGCCCACCGACCCGCCGCCCGCGCCCGGUGCGUACACUACAACAUACACACACACACGCGCCGCCUGCGCGCCAUCCACGCCCACCGACCCGCUGCCCGCGCCCGGUGCGUACACUACAACACACACACACACGCGCCGCCUGCGCGCCAUCCACGCCCACCGACCCGCCGCCCGCGCCCGGAAUGAGCUCACGAACGCGCUGUACGAUGAUGAUAUGUGA